GCAGCGAAACAAAAGCGCAAACAAAAGAAAAACCUACCCCCGAAACUCCACGUUCCCACCUCUCCCCGCUCUCCCCGAUUCCCAGCCGCCGCCAACCCCGCCGCCGCAUGCCUCCCCCUGGCCAGCGAGCCUCCCCAUGGCCGGGGCUUGACCAGCCCCCACGCGCCGCCGCCACUAUCUACCCCGGCAUGCUGUCACCAGGCCCUGGAUCCCGAGCGCCACCGCAGGGCCCUGGAUCUGACGCGCUGCUGCCGCCUCCUGAGGCCACAACGCGCUACUUGGUGUCCCCCGCCGGAAACAACCUCCUCCCUCCUCCCCGGGUCGGGUGGGUGGUGCAACACCGGAGCGGCGUCGAGCAUAGCCGUAGACCCCUCCUGCCUCCUUACUCCCUGGACUCACGUCCACGGCCACGCCACCACCCCCAGAAGGGGCGCACAGGACUCAGUCGUCCCGACCGCGGCCGCCGGCGUCCAUCUCCGCGCAGCCACCGAGUCCCGCCCCCCAGCAAGCUGUCUCGCGGCCGCAGACCUCAACCGAACACAACAGCUGGCCAAGCCCCACCAUGCCUCUCCUCGUGUCGCAGCAGGCUCCUGCGCGCUGCAGUUCAUGAGAUGCCGGUGAGGCCGGAGGUGCCGGUGGGGAUCUCGGCAGUGCAGAAGCAAAGGAGGAAGCGACAAAAAAAGCCACGCGAUCUGUUUCAGAUAUGCUUCAGAAAAAAAUGCAAAACAAAAAAGGAGCAUGAGUCGCAUGCCUCAAGGACUCACUCCACUUCGUGGCUUCUUGUUCUCAAAGCACAAGUUGUUGCUGCUACUAUUACUAGUGGACUACUGCUAGACACUAUCAUGGGCUGCUGCUUGUGUGCACUUUACAUUUAGAUGCUCUUUAGGUGUUCAUUGUAAUGCCCACAAUAACAUACCAUUUUUCUUUGUUACUUUAUGUUGGUAAAUAAAAAAGAGUGAAAAGAAUAUCUUCUUGAGAGCAAC